AUGCAGAUCACGGAAAUCUUCUUCGAUUGCGACAACACCCUGGUGUUGUCGGAGGAGCUGGCCUUCGAGGCCUGCGCCGAUCUCGCCAAUGAAAUUCUGGAGAAGCGGGACAUCCCCGAUCGCUACACCGGCGACCAGCUCAUCAAGGACUUUGUGGGCCAAAACUUCCGCGGCAUGAUGAUUUCCCUGCAGGCCAAGUAUAAGUUCGAGAUGGCCCCGGAGGAGCUGGAGGCGUAUGUCAAGAAGGAGGAGGACAAGGUCAUCGCCAAGUUGGAAGCGAAGGCCCAGCCCUGUGUCGGUGCCAGCGAGCAACUCGACAAGCUCUUCGCGGAGAAGAAGUACGGCCUCGCGGUCGUCUCGUCAUCGGCCCUGCGACGCGUCCGAGCUUCGAUCAAGAAGGUUGACCAGGAAAAGUAUUUCGACCACGACAUGGUCUUCAGCGCCGCUACGUCCCUGGAAAAGCCCACUUCCAAACCCGACCCGGCCAUCUACCUGCACGCCCUGGAGAAGUGCGGCAAGACUGCCGCGGAGACCGUGACCAUCGAGGACAGCAAGUCGGGGGCGUUGUCGGCCAUCCGCGCCGGUAUCCCCGUGAUUGGCUAUGUCGGAAGCUACAGCCCGGAUAUGCAGGAAGAGAUGAGCAACCGUCUGCUAGAUCUGGGGGUGAAGAUCAUCAUGAAGCAUUGGUCUGAGUUCGAAAAGUGCUUGAGCUUUAUCGAGAACAGCCCCGCAGAACUGCCGCAGUCCAGUCUGUGA